AUGGAUGUUAUUGAUUUGAAACAAACAGAAAUUUUUUCAGUAGAACUGACAGAAUUACAUCAGUUAGUAUUAAAUGCAGCACAAAGAGGAGUUGCCAUUCAAAAUAAUCCAAAAGAGUCAGAUGUUUUUUCACUUCAUGAAGAUGAGAAUUAUGCAAGUGCAUUAAGACGUAUAAUUGUAUUUAUUCGAUCUAAGUCUGCAAAUAUGUUAGGAGAAGUAGUAAAAAUAACAUCAAGUAAUCAAGAAGAAUUAACAUAUGAAACAAUUGUAGCAAAUAUUUUCAUUGCAGAUGUGAUGAUAACAUUUUAUUUAUAUUGUGGAUGGAUGGAUCAAUUAACAGAGAAAUUAGCAGAUAAAAUGGUAGGAAGAUUAAAAAUUAUUGGAGAUAAUAUUAAAGCAAUAAAAAAUGAAACUGUAUUUGAUGUUGCAUAUAAAACAAUGAUUAAUCAAUGGAGUUCAUUAGUUAAACUUCUUUCAUUAGAAAAACAAUUUAGAAAUAUAUGGAGUUAUUUCUUUGGAUAUUGGAAAGAUCCAAAUACAGAAAAUUUUAGUACUCGAGUUCGUUUAUUAAGAUUUAUACAAUUUUCAAAAAAUGAAACAUCAGAUGUUAAAAUAGUU